UGUUAGCCUUUGCAAUUGCUGUUGGUGACAGCACAAAGUUGAGACUGAGUUGAGGUAGUGGGUAUGGGCGACAAGUCAACAAGUACUGAGACGAAACCCCGCAUAAGAGUGGGGCACUCUAAAGCCAAAGGCGGUUGCACCACUUGCAAAGCUCGCCACGUAAAAUGCGACGAAACCAAGCCUGCAUGUCUUCGCUGCCUCAACUUCUGGGGUCGCUGUGAAGGCUAUGCUGCUCCAAAGAAGCGAGCAAGACCAAGACAAGCACUCUCAUUCAUUGAGCGCUCACGUCCAUUGUUACCUCGUAGCUCAGCCAACCCAGCUCGAGAUACGCUGAUUACUACUGCCCCUUUUAAGACUGCAGACGAGCAUCAAGGGUUCCAAAGUUUUGUCACGCAUACCGUGCCCCAAUUACCAGGAGUAUUCUCCAGUUCACUAUGGAGCAAGAUAAUCCUCCAAGCGUCAAAUUCUGAGCCUUUUGUCCGCGAUACAUUAUCUGCAAUCGGGGCUCUCAGCUCAUGCGGUCGAAAAUGGGCAAAGAACCUCCCAGCCGGGAAGAAGAGCACGGAUGGAAUCCAAGUCACGCCUCAGUACCGAUUCGCGUUACAGCAAUACGGUAAUGCAGUGAACAGGAUGAGGAAGAAACUCGCUUCCUAUGCAAACCGCACAGAUUCUAGUCAAGAGACGAAAGAUCGGAACUUGAGAACAGCACUCAUUGCCUGUCUACUCGUCAUCUGCUUCGAAGGUCUACAGGGAAACUACUUCCAAGGCUUACAACAUGCCAGUUCCGGACAUGCCAUUUUACACGAAUGGCUAUCCGAACAUCAGGCCCUAGAACCAAAUCCUCCCUCAUCCUCCUCGAUAGCGAAACCAGGCCUAGGAUCCCCACAACCACAUCUAAUAGAAGACGAACUCAUCCACGUCUUCUCCCGCCUCGACCUGCAAAUAAUGUCCUUCGUCGACGCACGUCCCCCAUCCUUACACUCAAAACUCAAAUCCGAAGGCACAAGCACCAUAGCCAACAUGCCCAACUCCUUCACAUCCCUCACCUCCGCCCGCCUCUACUGGGAGCUCAUCCAACGCCGCACCUCGCACUUCAUCGGUGACGCCGCAACACGCACGUCCCUGCGUCAAGACGUCGACAUGAACAUCGACAUGGGCCUCGGCUCUGGCCCCGUCGCCGUAACCCCCGAAAGCGAAGUACGAUUAUCAUCCCACCCAGCCCUGAUGACAGAAUACCACUCCUACGCCUCGGAAAUCUCGUCUUGGUUCACAUCCUUCCUUCCCUUCUAUUCGACCCUGCAAACCGGAAGCCGGACCUGGAAUGCAGCCUCGACACUCAAGAUCCAGGCUUUGUCUCAUCAGAUAUUACUUCAUAGUUCUAUAUUGGCAGAUGAGUGGUCCCUUGAUCAUUUUAUCCCCGAUUUCCGCACCAUUGUUUCUCUAGGCAACCUCAUUUCCACGGACCCGCUGUUCUCGACACCGCAUCUCUUUUCUUUUGACACUGGGCUCGUGAACCCGAUCCGGCUGGUCUCGAAAUGGUGUCGCGAGCCCAGUAUUCGGAGAGACAGUAUCGCACUGUUGAGGAAAGUGGCGUGUCGAGAGGGAGUGUGGGAUGCGUUGACGAUGGCGAGCGUGAGUGAGUGGAUGAUGGAGGUGGAGGAAGAGAGGAUGACGUGGGAUGAGGAGGGUGAGUGGUGUAUUAGGAAAGAGGAUCGGGUCAGGACGACGAAUAUCGUGAUUGAUAGUUUGGAGCGGACGGCGACGGUGACUUGUGAGAGGUUGGGACGGAGGGAGGAUAGAAGUAAGGAUGAGAGGGAGACUGUUAUUAAAUGGUGAGGUAGGCAAGAAUAGCAGUUGCAUAUAGCAUAAAUGUGCCAGGAUGAUUACCAAAACUUGGAUGUGAGGAGGGACGGGAAAUGGUUUUCAUCCUCAUGACUUUUUCAUUCAUCUCUCUUUAUCGAA